CUGAGUGUGUGUGUGUGUCCUAACAGGGAAUGCAUGUCUAGCGAGUGCGUGCGUGAGUGUCGUGUUCAGCCGUGAAACCCUCACCACCCCUCCUGCCUAUUUCCAGCCACGAGUAGAGUGAGCCGCUUCAGGAUCGUUCGGGAGACCGCCACGCCUGCCUGCUUGCCCAUCCUCCGCCCUUCUCAAUCCUCCUCGCAAUUCACGUUCCCACCGCCGCCAAGCUCCCCUUCGUCCGUAUCCGUGCUCUGGCCGAGCCCGGCUUCUCCCGCCACACCAUGGCCUCCACCCCCACGAACACUAGUAACAGCGGUACCAACCAGCACGAACGCAGCGGAAGUAGUAAUAGUACGGGCAAUAACGGGGGCUUACACGUAACGCCCACUCCGGCCGCCAUGGGCAAGAGCGACAAAUGUCUGUACCUGACGGGGUUACCGGCCUCGUGGCCUUCGUCGGAGGGUGGGGGAACGGGUGAGACCUUGCACGAGACCAAUUUGACGGCCUGGGUCGAGGACGCUUUUUCCGGCGUCAAUGUUAGGCCGAUCAAGGUGAUUUUGCUCAAAGGUCGUACACACAGUGACACUCGCGAAGCCUUGAUCGAGUUGGCCCACAAGGAGGAUGCCCAGAUGGCCAUGGGCGCCUUGCAAGAGGCUCAAUUCCAAAAUCGGUCGAUUCACGUGGAAUACGCGCAUGAUAACAAUAAUCGAAGCUCUUGCAAAGUCCUCUUGUCAGACGUGCCGGCCAUGGCCCCCUUCUCUGAAUUGGAGUCCAUGAUCGCCAAAUUUGGAACUCUGCUCUCCUUAGAGGAUGAAGAGCCAAAGCCAGCCGUCAACGAGGAUGACCAGACGGUAGAAUCCUCGACAAGUAGUACGUCGCGCAGCAUCACAGCCGUGUUUCAAAGUCGAGAGGAGGCAGAGAGGGCUGUUAACGAGUUGAAUGUAUCAGAAAUUGGCGGUGAAAAGUUGAAUGCCAAAAUUAUCGAAAAGCGUCAAACCAAACGGCCAACAGGAGGUCCAAACAAUGGAUACGGUGGCAUGCUGGGUGUCGGUGGACUGGGUAUGGGACAGAGGCAGAUUGAUUUCCCUUUGCGAAUAUUGGUCGAAUCAGAAAUGGUGGGUGCUAUUAUUGGUCGUGGUGGACAGACCAUUCGUCAAAUUACCCAGCAAACUAGAGCUCGGGUGGAUGUCCACAGAAAAGACAAUCUAGGAGCCACGGAAAAGGCUAUUACGAUUUACGGCCAACCAGAUAAUUGCAGCAAGGCUUGCAAGGAGAUUAUGAAGGUCAUGCGAGAAGAAGCCACCAAUUUAGGAAAGACCGAGGAGAUCGCCUUGAAGAUACUGGCUCACAACAAUUUGAUUGGUCGAAUCAUUGGAAAGCAAGGUGGAACGAUAAAAAAGAUCAUGGAUGACACCAACACCAAGAUAACUGUCUCGUCAAUCAAUGAGAUCAACACGUUCAAUUUAGAGCGCAUCAUCACCAUCGCCGGCGAGAUCGAGGACAUCUUUACAGCCGAAUCAGAGAUCAGUGCCAAGCUUCGAGCAGCUUACGAGAGCGAUAUUCAAGCCAUGGCUCCCCAAUCCGUCAUGUUUCCCGGAUUACAUCCGGCCGCAAUGAUGUCCACGGCUGCCACCAUGCCUUCUGCGCCGAUUCCUCCUGCCAAUCAAGGAUAUGGGAUGCCACACCCACAUCAUCAAUCGGCCGGUGGACCUAGUGGACCUGGACACAAUGUAGCAUUCCAGCACGGAGGCGUUAAUCGGAACCAGCAAUACCAUCCGGGAGUGGGGAGACCAAUGGGUGGGCCAGGAAGUGGAAACGGGCCAGCUGGUGGGAUGUCCGUCAUGCCCAGACCCAACGGCUUCGAUGUGAUGGGCACGCCUCAUUUUCAGAAUCCCAAUGCGUCGCAAAGUGAAACCACCUACCUCUACGUACCUAACAUAUCCGUGGGUGCCAUCAUCGGCUCCAAAGGAAGUUACAUCAAAAAUAUUAUCAAGUUCUCGGGCGCUUCCGUGAAGAUCGCUCAACAACCAGGAGACUCUCUUCCAUCCUCGGAAACGUCAGAUGCCGCCGGAGGCGACACUACACCCUUCCCGACAGCUCCUCUGCAUGUAUCGACCUCGAACAACAACAAUCACAAUGUGAAUGAGCGUCGUAUCACGGUGAUGGGCAACCCAGAGUCUCAAUGGAAGGCUCAAUUCCUCAUCUUCGACAAGAUCCGAGAAGAGGGUUUUAAUCGAGGUGUGAUGGAAGAGGUCCGGUUGACCGUUGAAAUCCUCGUACCUGUUAACCAAGUGGGUCGUAUCAUUGGCAAAGGUGGCUCCACCGUCAGAGAGCUUCAGAGGUUGACUGGAGCCGUGAUAAAGCUACCUGAACAAGGUACCUCAACCGGCGAGGAGACUCCGGUCCACCUCACAGGGGUGUUUUAUGCGGUUCAGUCAGCUCAACGUCGGCUCCGUGCCAUGAUCAUGCCUGUGAAUCCUCAGCAUCAAUCGCAGCCGCAUCAUCCUCAUCACCCUAUUCAGGCCACGCCAUUAAAUGGACGUGUGGAAGGAGCGGUAGAAGGUUUCAGCGAGUGCUAAUCUCUGAGCCAGCCUUUGUGUUUAUGGCAAAAGACUCCAAAGCCUUCAGACUAUUACUAUUACUAGCUAUUUAACUAUGAGGACGGGCUUUUGACUGCUCUAAUGCCCACCCUUCUUCAAGGCCCCUUUCCAAUACUUUGUUCCGAUUUAAGAGUGCACGUUGGUAAGAUGUCAGCCCAAACUAAUUAUGUAAAACUCCCGUCUUCUCAAACGUCCUAGCGCCAAGAGAACUUUGUUCACAAUUCUCUCAUGUUCUACCACUAAAGGUGGAGAAAUCUCGUCGUUUCCAAAGCUCUUCAAAACCUCGUUUCUUUUCUCAAAAUGAAACGUUGAAUGGCAUUGAAAAUUCGCCGAGCUCACUGAAAUUGAAUAAAAAAAUUGGCACUGGCCUUGCAUUCA